GUGACGCUUGGAGGCGGACAGUCCUGUCAAACUGCUGUUCUCCUUCGCGUGGAAAAUCAAGGUGUCAAAUUCUGUGGUUUCUGAUUGUUGAGUUUUAGCAAGUUGCAGUUGGUUUUCUUGCAUGUAUAUAUCUUAACUAUAAUUUCGACUGAAUAGGUCUUGUAGCCUACGUUUUUAUGUGGAUAUCAAAUUGUGCGAAGAGGAUUCAUUGCACUGUAGCCAGACAUUGCAAGGUGUAGGGAUUUUGAUUGGAUUUAUGUUGUUUCUGCCUUGAAGGCUAUUUCAGUUAGCUAAUUGAUUUCUUUGAUAAGGGGAAAUGGACCCAUUAUUGUAUAUUGCAGGGUUGGUAGUUUUGUUUUUGUUAUGGGUAAAAGUUAAAGGACUAGAUUACGUAAUAAUUCAUCAAAGGUGGAUAUUCGUGUGUCUGUUCCUCUUGCCUUUAUCCGUAAUAUUUGAUGUGUACUAUUACCUGCGAGCAUGGAUCAUUUUCAAGAUGUGCUCCGCUCCAAAGCAGCAUGACCAGAGAGUAAGAGACAUACAGAGACAGGUUCGGGAGUGGAAAAAGGAGGGUGGAAAGACCUAUAUGUGUACAGGACGCCCAGGCUGGCUGACUGUGUCGCUGCGGGUGGGGAAGUACAAGAAGACCCAUAAGAACAUCAUGAUUAAUAUGAUGGACAUUCUGGAAGUGGACACUAAGCGGCAGAUCCUACGUGUUGAACCUCUUGCAAACAUGGGACAGGUGACUGCUCUUCUCAACUCCAUUGGGUGGACUCUUCCUGUGCUGCCAGAACUGGAUGACCUGACAGUGGGGGGGCUGAUCAUGGGCACAGGCAUCGAGUCCUCCUCCCACAUCUACGGCCUUUUCCAGCACAUCUGUGUGGCCUAUGAGCUGGUGCUGGCCGACGGCAGUCUGGUCCGCUGUACCGCUAAAGAGAACACCGACCUGUUUUACGCCGUUCCGUGGUCGUGCGGCACGCUGGGGUUCCUGGUUGCGGCUGAAGUCCGCAUCAUCCCUGCCAGGACCUGGGUCAAGCUCACAUACGAGCCCGUGCAUGGCCUGGAAACCAUCUGCCAGCGAUUCGCCCAGGAGUCCGCCAACAAGGAGAAUCAGUUUGUGGAAGGGCUGCAGUACUCCCUGGACGAGGCCGUGAUCAUGACCGGAGUGAUGACUGAUGAGGCAGAGCCAGACAAGAUCAACCGCAUUGGCCUUUACUUCAAACCCUGGUUCUUUAAGCACGUGGAGAAUUUCCUUACAGAGAACCGCAGCGCCGUAGAGUACAUUCCUCUACGUCACUACUACCAUCGCCACACGCGCAGCAUCUUCUGGGAGUUACAGGACAUCAUCCCAUUUGGGAACAACCCCGUUUUCCGGUACUUAUUUGGCUGGAUGGUGCCGCCCAAGAUCUCCCUGCUGAAGCUGACCCAGGGGGAGACCAUCCGCAGGCUGUAUGAGCAGCACCACGUGGUCCAGGACAUGCUGGUCCCCAUGAAGCACAUUCAGAGUGCCAUGUCCCGCUUCCACAACGACAUACACGUGUACCCCCUGUGGCUCUGCCCCUUUGUGUUGCCCAGCCAGCCUGGCAUGGUGCACCCGAAAGGGGAUGAGGAUGAGCUGUAUGUGGACAUUGGAGCCUACGGCGAGCCCAGCGUCAAGCACUUCCAGGCCCGAGCCUCCACCCGACAGCUGGAGAAGUUUGUGAGGGAGGUCCAUGGAUUUCAGAUGCUGUAUGCAGAUGUGUACAUGGACCGGCAGGAAUUCUGGGAUAUGUUUGAUGGCUCUCUCUAUCACAAGCUGAGGGAAGAGCUAGACUGCAAAGCAGCUUUUCCUGAAGUCUAUGACAAAAUCUGCAAAUCUGCUCGGCACUGACAAACUGCUGGAAGUAGUCUGGUUUCGUGGAAGAAGAAAAAAACCGCACUAGCAACAUAUUUUUACUUCUCUCGGUUUUACCCUUUCAAAGUGUAAUUCUCUGGAGGAAACAGUCAUUCAGUUUGUACUACCAGGACAUUUGUGACUGUCAAGCAACACUUGUAAUACAAAUUUUUUUAUGGCAGGGUUGAGACGUUUAAGUCUAUUUUUGACAUCUAUUUUCUCUCUCGUGGUUAAAAAAAAAGCUUUGAGCAAAAAAUUUUAGUAUGUCUGUACAUAAUUAACUUCAAAACGUGUCUAAAAGCAUACAAGUCUUACAUAAAAAAGCAAGGCUUACCUGCGGUAGAUGUCCAACUCUUGAAUCCCCACUUUAAUUUACUCUUUUCAUAUUGAGAGUUUUGUAUUUUAACAAACCACCUGCAGACUUAAGUCCAUUUUUAUAUUUCUUGUUUGUCCACCUAAUUUUAUGAAAGGGGUGGGACCUAUAAAAUGCCUUGUGGACCACAUUGCCCAUACAAGAUUCUAAAAUUUUACGUCAUUUCUGUACUAAGAUAUGUUUAUAAUAUGUUCUGAAGGAGACAGAAAUGGCAGAUAUAUUUCUGAUAUAUUCAUAAUGUAUUCUCAGAAUACGUUAUGCUGGUGAUUGUAUUGAAUUUAGUCUUCAUUAUACUUCUCACUAUCUCAUGGUGAUCAGUAACCUCAAUUAAUCCUGAGUGGAAACCCUUAUCACUGGACCUUAAUCUAGGGAAAUGAGAGAAUAUACAGGAACCCAUGAAGAGCAAAAAGGAUCAUUUGUAGCUCCGAGGUAAAGCAAAUGGGUUUCGGGGCAAUGUGUACUUUUAGGAAUGUUAUAUUAUCGGCCAUCCAAUUAACAAAUUAGAUUCAUGUGUACAUUUUCUUGUAAUCUUUUUUGGUGCUUUAUCCAAAGUUUGCCUUUUGCAUAUAUUAUUUUGGUCAACUGUAUCCGUGAUUUAUGUGGCUUGUAUUUCCUGAAGGUAAAUAAUAUCACCAGCAAGUUGAAUGGGCUAAUUAACUCGCGCCCAACAUAUUAAUUCCUUGGGCUCCCCCUAGUGUCUGCUAUGACUGUGUUGUGUAGGAACUGUGUUAAGUGCAAUAUGAGAAACUCAUUAAUGGUUUUAGCAGGGUCGUGAAUGGUACACAGCUGAGCAUGGCAUAUGAUGCAAGCACAGGGUGAAAUGAUGUGGGUAAUAGUCGUGAGGUUGUUGUGUUCAAAGGUAUCUACAGGUGGAAAAAGGUAUCUACAGGAAAAAGUUCUCAUGAAGACAUCCCUGUAUCAAAUUGAGUAAUUCUCUUUUUUUAUUCGUUUGGGUGGGAUUUUACUGUUAAAAUAUGGUGUGAGUAAAAGCACUGUAUGCUCUGUAUGACUUUGGUUCUGCACAACUAAAUAAAUUUCAACUUUCAAGAAAAA